GUGUGUGUGUGUCAUCCAGUCUUCUUUCGUACUCUUGUGUGUCGUAAGUUGUGCCUUUACACUGUACUUCACUGUACUGUUGUUAUUGCCGUAGUAGCAUGGUGUGUUAUGGUGUUGAUGGGUGUUGUUACUAUGGUGACUGUGGUGUAGAUGGUAGUGUUGUUGCCAUGGUGACCUUGUCUAUAACACUGUCUCUGGCUCUCCAGUGUCUGUGCGCUACUGUGGUAAGUGUUGUUUCUCCCCUCACCGCUGCUUUUGUGUCUAACCGGGUUCUCUCUCUCUCUCUCCUCUCCUCCAUCUCACCUCCCUUUCUUUUCGGGUUAUCCUCACCCAUAUUUAUCCCCCUCUCCAUUUCUCCCUCGCUCUCUGCCCACGCCUCCCCCGUUAUCCGAUUUUCACCCCCUCGCCUUACCUUCUUCACCUCUCCCUUCACUAUUUAUUUGCGUAUCCAUCCCUCUCUCCUUCCCUGUCCCUCUGUCCUCUUCUGUGUGUCUGUGUGUGCUCUACCUGUGCUGUAUCCGUGGCUGUGAUGUGUGUGUGCGUGUGUGUGUCUUCUCUGUGCUCACACAGCAGCGAAGGAAAGGGAGGCAGCGUGGAAAUAACCUCAGUACUAUAACAGAUAAUAGUCCUAUGAAGCGCUCGGCCUCCUCCCUUGGUCACAGUCGAUCUGGGAGGGGCCAGAGGGAAAGGGGAGGGGCCGAUGAUUAUGCAAUGGAGUAUGUGAUCCCUGAGGAGGGCGGAGCUCCGAGGCACAGCCACCGACGCCGCGACCGAAGCCACCGGGCCUCCGAGCGGUCACUGUGUCGAUAUACAGACGCAGAUGCAGGACUGGGCACAGACUUGAGCACCACCACUCAGUCAGGUGACCUGCCACCCAAGGAGAAGGACCGUGACCGUGACAGAGACCGCGGUCGGCAGAAAGACCGCAAACACCACCACCAUCACCACCACCAUCACAGCGGCUCUGUGGACAAGGAGCGCUACACACCAGACCGCGCCGACCGGGGGGGAGAGCACGGUGGUCACAGACAGCCCCGAGGAGACAGAGACCACGACCGGGAUAGGGAGCACGAUCGUCGCUGGUCACGGUCACCCAGCGAGGGCAGAGAGUGCAUGACACACAGACAGGGCAGUAGUUCGGUGAGCGAAAGUCCCGCUCCUUCUACCUCGGGGACCAGUACCCCGAGACGAGGCCGUCGGCAACUCCCUCAGACCCCGGCAACGCCCCGCCCACACGUCACCUACUCUCCUGUCGUCCGUAAAGCCAUGGCCACACCUCCCGGAGCCCAGCCCCUGGGGCGCAAUCCCGCCCCUCACCGCUUUUCCCCUGAGCCCCCCCAGGGACCUCCCCCGCCCCACCAUGGCUCACCCAACCAAGCCUGCCACCCUCCUCCCCGCUGGGGGGACGGGGGAGGAGGAGGAGGAGGAGAGAGUGGGUCGCUGGAGGGCGACGGCUGCUUCUACAACCAGGACUACCAGGAUUACGACCGUGAGCACCACAAACCGCCUCCCUACGAGCAGAGCCCCACACAGGGCAACCCUCACAAGCCUCACCCCCUCAACCACCCUACUCUCCCCGUGCUAAACCAUCCCCCAACCCCACAGCAGCAGCACCCUAUCAACCCGCACCCAAACAACCCCCACCCCAACAGCCCCCACUCCCGCACCUCGCCCAGGACUUCCCGCCACGCGCCCCCACCCAACACCACCCCCACCCCCCAAGGGCAGCAGCCUCCCCCCACUCGACGUCUCCCCAACGGGUACCGCGCCUCUUCCCCCUCCUCGCAACACCACCACGGCCCCACCCACCCCGGGCCCCAUAAGGUCCCCCCUCCCCAGCUUAGAGGGCCCCGCACGAAAGGCCUGCACGAACCCUACAACAACACGGAUGACAACAGGUGCUAGCCUCUGGGGACUAUGGAGGGAUGGAUGGAGGGAGGGAGGGCUCAACCACACUGUCUGAGUUAUCAGUCCCUCCCAGCCCAGGAAAACACACAGCCAGAGCACUGACCGCCAUGAGACAGGGGAAACCAAGGCAUGAUUCUUUCUUUCCUUAUUUCCGUUUGUUUUUCUUUUCGUUUCUUUUGCUGCUCAGUGUUUCCCGGGGAUGGAGGGAGUGAGGAAGGCGUAGUUAGAAUAGAGGGAUGAGGAGGAGGACCACUGAAGGAUGAGUAGAAAUUAGUGAACAGGGUAUGGAGUACAAACCAAUUCCUCCUCCAAAACUAUGGAACCCAGCUCAUCGGAUGCAAGGAGACAAAAACUCAAAAUGUAAAAAAAAUUCAAAAUGGAUGAUAUGGGGGACGGAUGCUUUUCUCAACGUAUCAUGAUGCUACGCCUCUGGAAACAAUAUUAAAAACCGCCACAACGACCAAGAUGUCACUAUGACAUUGCGGAGAACUAAGUGGAGUUGCGUUAGUUGCAAAAACCAACCACCAACCCCGAUGAUGGGGAGAUAUUGAUGAGUUUUAUCAUCUGGGUUUACUGUUAAUAAUGACAUAUGUGAUGAUGAGCCUUCCACCUGAGUGUGGUGGGGGGAGUGGGGGAAACAGGUGGUGGGGGGGACACCGGGACACACACCCUAACUCUGAAGGAGGGAGGGGGUUAUGUAGGCGGAAUCUAUCCAUUCCAACCCCCCAACCCCCAAAAAAGAUUCCGCCCCAACCGAGUAGAGAAGAGACAUAAAAAAAGUGGAUGGUGAACAAAAAAAAAGAAACUUAAAAAGAAAAAUUUUCUUCAGUAUUUCUUCUUCUACUCCUGCGGCUGCUACUUUUUCCUCUUCCUCUUCUUCUUUUUCUUCGAAACAUUGAAGCUUGAUUCUUCUGUUGCACCCGCUCAGCUUCGUUGGAACUUGCAGAGUUUAAAAACCUGUGGAAUCCUGCAUGAUUGAUACAAAAUAAAUGAUAACAAAGAGAAACUACUGUAAUGUGGGGAAACUAUUCCUUGGUCCUUUCUAUAUUAGUCUGUGGGGUUCUCUCUUUUUCCUGUAAUCCCUUUGUUUCUCUCUCUUCUCCCUGAGGCGUCCCUCUCUCACUCUUCCUGUGCUGGAGGUAUAAUCAGGAUAGUUAGGAUGGAUGGAGAGAUGGGGCGAUGAGGAAGAGAAGAACAAGGUCCAAGCCUUUUUUAUGCGGAGGGACAGGAUGAUCUAUUUCCCACUUUGUUCUUAUUGAAAUGCUCUGUGCCAAAUUAUAACUGUUGAUGUGGCUGAGAUUGCACAAUCAUUUUCAAGGAAGUAGAUAUUUUGUUACAAGGCCAACUUUUAUUUCAUGGAAGGAAAGAAGGCAGGAAAGUAUGAAAAACAGACCCCACAUAUUAUAGGUUCAUGUUAAAAGGGAGUUGAAACUGGGGGAGGAAGUUACAAGCUCCAUGGUCCUUAUUGGCUCUUCAUCUGCUGACGCACAGCAUCGUUCAAACCAGAGAUAUGUCUCUCGUCUUCCAGGGUUUGUGUUUGAAAGAGCGAUGAAAAGAGAGAGAGAGAAAGAAAGGCCGAUGAAAGGAGGGAACCUCUUCAUCUUUUGUUUAUUUGUUAAUAAUAGUGAUAAUGGUUCUAUAGAUACUGAUAACAAUACUAUUGAUGAUUAUGAUAAUAACGAUGAUGAUAAUGGUGAUGAUGAUGAUGACGAUGUUCAUGCUUGUGAGAGAGAAUUAUUUUAGUCUUGUAUUUGUGUUACUUUCGAGUCGGUUGUGCUCAGCGCGUCACCAUCUUUGUUUAGUGAGUCUGGUUGGUGGUCCACUGGUCCGGCUGGUGGGCGGAGCUUUGUCAGAGAGGUGCAUUGUGGGAACAGUAGUAAUCAUAGUAAUGACUCUGAUACAGUGUAAUACGGUGGGGAAGAGAAAAGGAACUUAAAAAUGAACUUUAAAAAAAAGAACAAUGUCAAAAGUCAUACAGGAAAUCAUGUAUCUGACAUGUAUACUUGUUAAUCAAGCAGUUGCUUACAUAUAUUAAUCACUUGGGUAAUUCUAGGGCAGCUAAAUGGUCACUUUUGCUUUGGUUAACGCGGUCUACAGACUAAAGUAGACCAGAUAAAGCAGUAAUGAGACAGAGCUCCUCUACCAGUUUGGCCCUCUAGGUGGCACUGUAUGCAAUACAUUGCACCCCUGUCCUAUUGUAUCAUUGUAUCACCCCUUCUAUUUUGACUGUCUGAUUCCAAUGUUUUCGUAUCUGUCUUUAAACUGGGAGCAUAAGGUUUAAGUGUUGUCUGUCACUGGUGGAUCACCUCCUUUGUGUUCAGGACAUGUAGCACAGCCAAUCACAAAUGCACAGGACAUGUAUCACAGCCAAUGAAAAUGCAUGGGAGAAACAAUGACUGGGUCUUUUCUGGCAAACCUCUGUGUCCUGUGUCACCCUAUUUUCUUUGUGUGUGUCUUUGUGCGCCUCAAACUAACAUCCAUCCUAAUACCUACCACUGUCCCGUACAGUGUCUCUCUCACAGUUGCCGGACUUUGAGGAUAUCCAUAGUGAACCAUUCAUUUAUUAGAAUGAUGUCAUUAUUAUUCUUAUUAUUACACCCCAUGUCAAAACCAUUAGCGUCAGGUAACAGUGUUUGUUCACGGCUGCCAUAGAUAUAGCGCAGUUAGAUCUGCACAUAUCUGGAUUCUGAUGUACUGUAAUGACAUAUCCCAUGAUUCUAUGUACCACACUUUGACCAGAAAGUGCACAGGCACAUUGCCUUUACAGUAUUCAUCUAACGUAGGAAUGUCAUAGACGUGUAUAAGUCACAUCACAACACUGAUAAGAUAGGAAUACACAGAUACACUCUCAGUAUGUAGCUCCUGGCUGUAGCAAGUAUGCGUGUACGUGCGUAUGGCGUGUGUGCGUUUGCGUGUGUGUCUGUGUAUGAAUGCGUUCUUUUAUAGCAAAAAUGUGUGUGUACAUUCAAUGUGUGUGUGUACAUCAAUAGCUAGCUGUUUUCGUUGGAUAUUUCAUUUCAUUUGUUUAUUUGCUUUGAAUAUUUUGUGAAAGCACACUGAUGACAUUUGAGUUGGUGAGUGUUUGUGUGUGUGUGUGUGUGUGUGUGUGUGAGUUAGCCUGUGUUUGUGAGCGAGUGACAGAAUGUUUGUGUGGCUGUGUGCAAGAUUAAAUAAGAUGUCAAUCACCCUCCAAUUCAAACUAUGAGAGGCCCUAACAUUCACUGUCAAUCAUUGUGUCCUGUACUGACCAACAUCCACUAACAACACAUAUUCUAAAUAACCCCACCGUUACUUCAAAAAGCAAUGUAUGAGCUGCUAUGGAAAACAUAGAAAUAAAAGCAUUUUAAGUACCAAAAAAAUACCAAAAAAAGGGAAAAUAUCUACUUCCAGAACUGCAUGUGCUAUGUGCAUGCCACACCGUGGGUGAACAGUCAUCUUCAGGAAUCCAAAAAAUAAGAAUAUGAAUUCAGAUUAAAAAAUAUAUGAAUAUAGAUAGAUGUUUUUACUAAGCAACAUGUUUUCUUUUUUCCUUCUAUUUUUGAGAACAAAAAAGGUUGAAAAAAUCUAUAAAAAAAAAAAAAAACGUCAAAAGAGCGACAUGAUGACUUUGGUAAGAAUCAAAGUUGGUUUGUUUAUUUAUGUUGCCAGCUGUUAACUGUAAACAUGGAGGUGAGACACUACACAACCAUGUUCAGGACACUACAAAAAAAGGGAACUCCUGUUUUAAAGAAGAGAAUCAUAUAAAAAGAGAUGGGGAUAUCCCUGCCUACUUUGGGUAGGGCCAGGAGCCAGCCAAAUCUGAUGAUGUAACCCUUAAAACUCUGGCUGUGGGAUCUUUUAUCUCUCACUCACUCCCUCUCUAUUUCUCUCUCACUCUUGUCUCUCUCACUCUUAUCUCUCACACUCUCAACCUAUCUCACCGCUAUUUCUACCAGUGCAUUUUGUAAUUCCAGACAGAAUUCUUCCUAAUGAAUAAAAACCAGAGAGAAUGCA